UCGACUCAUUUUUUCCAACAGCUUCAGGCUCCAAGGGAGCGCCGCUGCAAACACACUCACACUGCUGUUUCCUACAAGUUUGGAGAUGCUCUGGUGGACAGCCAGCAGGGCCUGGCUCUGCUUCUCCUGCUGCCUCCUGCUGGGCGUCUGCUCCCAACCAGAGGAUGCAAGCAGAGGAUCAGAAGUGGUACUGGAACAAGUAUCGGGAGUACCUGACUUCGAGGAUUGGGAAAUGGGUUCUGGAUCUUCUCUGCUGCAUCUCUUCAACAACUUCCCUGCUGACAGUUCCUUUGUUAAGGAAUCCCCAGAAGAACCAGUCAAUUGCACGCAGCGCUUCUGGUUGCCACCUUCCUCUCCAGUCUGCUGGGAAACUGUAGCAGAACCGGAGGAGUUUGCCAGGUCCCGUCUGCUUGUUCUGCAGAACAGGGCCGCGCUGCAGGCGGUGUCUGACCUGAGUGGGGUGGAGGAAGCAGGGAUUUCCUACAACCACCAAGCCAGAGAGGAGGUCCAGGGCAUCCAGUCAGACCACCAGAAGGUGACAGAGAUAAUGCAAACCAUGGAGAACGUGUUUGUCUCACUGGUGGAGAAAAGGAAAGAGGGGAAGGAGCAGGGUAUUCUUACUAGCAUAAGGGAGCGUCUUACCAACACAAGGGAGGCCAUGGAAGAUAAAGAGCUCCUGGCAAACAACCUGGAGAGCCGCUUUUCUACUUUAGAGAAGACUCUGCUCAACACACACCUUCGACUCAGCAAACUCAUUCAACAAUGACAACAAUCAAAGCCUCCUCAAAGAGCAUCUGGUACAAGAGUUUAAAUUGUGCAUGCACAAUAAAUUCCGAUGUCUACAAAGGAAAUCUAAAUCGUUAGUAAAAGAACAGAAAAAAGUACAAACCCAUAAACUGAACACAUGUGGCCGUCCCAGUUUACGACUCCGAAUGAUCCAUAUAGACAUUUUACAGUCGUAUAAAACACCUUGUAAAACUCUAAUAUACUGAGGUUGUCAAACUUGAGAGAUUAUGUUUUUUGUGUGUUUAUAAUGACAUAAAGGUUACCCAGUACAGCAUUGACAUGUAUUUUAAUCUAAAAUCUAAACAAUAAAUCCAUUACUAAAUAAAAAGUAAGCAUUAUGAUGUGUAAACAUUCAGAAAUAUUGAAUUAUUUAAACUAACAGAUGUUCAAAGUUGUUGCUGACAAAUAGAGGUACAUUUGAUACAUUUCAAAGAUACUGGAAACACCCAGUAUCAGUAAUCAGAUGUGUGAAGCAGAACCGGAUUUAAGUUACAAAUCCGGUUUCAUAUGCAGAAUCUGCAUAUGAAGUUCUUCAUAUGCAGAACUUCCUUCUGGAUAUGAAGGAAGUUCAUAUGCGUUUAUGAACUUCCUUCAUAAACGCAUAUGAAGGAAGUUACCCGUCCUUCAUAUGCAGUUAAUCUGUACAUGACUGGAAGUGGCCAGAAAAACGUUAAGCACCUUCAACCUGUGCAAAAAUUAAACAAAUUUAAGACUCUAAACCUGCAAAACUCUUUGACACUCCACAGUGCUGUGAAAGUUUUCACACCUCUUGGACCUUUUUCACAGUUUUUCAGAUUACAAAACCCAAACUUCAAAGUAUUUUAUUUGGAUUGCAUGAGGCAGACAGACCGACAUAAAUUGGUGCGUAAUUUAGAUUUUGGAAAAGUGUGUCAUACAUUUGUAUUUAGUCGCCUUUACUAAUUACAGCUACUAAGAGCAGCUAACCCGAAUGAGAUUCACAGCUGACAUGGGACAGCUUUCAUCACACUAGCACUGAAAGGAAAAAAUAAAAAGUUGUGUUUACUUAAUCCAUACAUGGUGUAACAAUCACCAGGUGUGGAAUAUGACAUUGCUCUGGUCAGUUGAGACCAAAAUGUUACUUUUUGACACAUAUGCCAAAUGCCUUAUGUAUGGGGAGACCCUGAACACAUCACCAUGCAUAAUAGUACAAUAUGAGACAUGAGCUAACAUUGGAACAGCAUGCCCAGAUUGCAUAAACUAAUAUAAAAUCAGUACUUUCAAAAAGGGUAGAAAGUAUCAAUGUCUUUUCUGCUUUAGGUUCAUAGCAAAUAUAGAUUCUCGAUAAUGAGAACUUCAUUUAGUUGACAGGGGGUGGGGAGAAUACAUUUAUUUUUCUUUCCUCAGUUAUUUAAAAAGUUGCAUUUCUAUUUUUGCCCUC